UCGGAAACCCGGAAGUAGGCUUCUUCUACAGCUAGCUUAGCGGUAAGCUAACUGACUUCCUCUGCGACUGAAGACAUGGGGACCGAGUCACAGAGCCUCCGCUGACACUCAACUGACUCCUCUUCAAAGAGACCAGUGUUCCGCCAACUGUACAUCAAUCAUCUCGGGCCUGAAAAUGGAGUCCAUGUUGAACAAGCUGAAGAGCACCGUGACCAAGGUGACGGCCGAUGUCACCAGUGCCGUCAUGGGCAACCCCGUGACGCGGGAGUUUGAAGUGGGACGCCACAUCGCCAGUGCUGGUCCCAGUAUGUGCUGGAGGAUCUACAACGGAACCAAGAAGUCCACCAAGCAGGAAGUAGCAGUGUUUGUUUUUGACAAGAAGAUGAUAGAUAAACACCAGAAGUUUGAGAAGGACCUGAUCAUCGAUUCUCUGAAACGAGGGGUCCAGCAGCUGACCAGACUGCGCCACCCGAGGCUCCUGACCGUGCAGCACCCCCUGGAGGAAUCGCGAGACUGUUUAGCAUUCUGCACCGAGCCGGUGUUCGCCAGUCUGGCCAACGUCCUGGGCCAGUGGGACAACCUGCCGAGCCCCGUGCCCAAUGAUAUCAAGGAGUACAAGCUGUUUGAUGUGGAGACCAAGUACGGCUUGUUACAGAUCUCGGAGGGUCUGUCCUUCCUCCACAGUGGGGUGAAGAUGGUCCAUGGGAACCUGGCGCUGGAGAAUAUCAUCCUGAACAAAAGUGGAUCCUGGAAGAUCAUGGGCUUCGAUUUUAGCAUCUCCUCCACCAACCCUUCGGACACAGAGCCUAAAUACACCUGUAAAGAGUGGGAGCCCAACCUUCCUCCUCUGGUGCUCCCGAACCCGGAGUACCUGGCCCCGGAGUACAUCCUGUCUGUGAGCUGCGACGCAGCCUCUGACAUGUACUCGCUGGGCGUGAUCAUGCACGCCGUCUUCAAUGAAGGCAAGCCUGUUUUCCAAGUCAACAAGCAUGACAUUUUUAAAAGCUUCAGCCGACAACUUGACCAGCUCAGCAACAUAAGUCCUUCAAUGUUGAACAAGAUUCCAGAGCAAGUGCGGGAACACGUGAAAAUGCUGCUCAGUGUCACGCCCAACGUCAGACCUGACGCCGACCAGAUGACCAAGAUUCCAUUUUUUGACGACGUUGGAGCCAUGACUCUCCAGUACUUUGACUCCCUGUUCCAGAGGGACAACCUCCAAAAGUCCCAGUUUUACAAAGGCCUCCCUAAAGUCCUUCCCAAACUUCCUAAGAGGGUGGUGGUUUAUCGAAUCCUGCCUGCGCUCACCUCGGAGUUUGUCAACCCGGACAUGGUUCCAUUUGUGUUACCAAAUGUGCUGCUGAUUGCUGAGGAGUGCACCAAGGAGGAGUACAUCCGUCUGGUGCUGCCGGACCUCACGCCCGUCUUCAAGCAGCAGGAACCCAUCCAGGCUAGUAACAUGAUUUUGCUGAUCUUCCUGCAAAAGAUGGACUUGCUGCUGACCAAAACCCCAGCGGAGGAUAUCAAGAACAGCGUGCUGCCGAUGGUUUACCGGGCCCUGGAAGCGCCCUCGGUGCAGAUCCAGGAGCUGUGCCUCAACAUCAUCCCAACAUUCACCAACCUGAUCGACUAUCCAUCCAUAAAGAACUCCCUCAUCCCUCGGAUCAAGUCGGCCUGCCUGCAGACCUCCUCGCUCGCGGUGCGGGUCAACUCGCUGGUUUGCCUCGGAAAGAUUCUGGAAUACAUGGACAAGUGGUUUGUCAUCGACGAGAUCCUGCCCUUCCUGCAACAGAUCCCCUCCAGAGAACCCGCCGUGCUCAUGGGCAUCUUAGGCAUUUAUAAAUGCACCUUCUCCCACAAGAAGCUGGGCAUCCCCAAAGAGCACCUGGCCACCAAAAGCCUGCCCCACCUGGUGUCGCUGAGCAUCGACAACAACCUCAAUCUCAACCAGUUCAACUCAUUCAUGGUGGUGAUUCGGGAGAUGCUGAGUCGGAUGGAAGCAGAACACAAGACUAAACUGGAGCAGCUGCACGUCAUGCAGGAGCAGCAGAGGAGUCUGAAUAUCUCAAACCCGAUGGGUCAUUCAGAGGAGAGAAAGAGCCCCCCGUCUUCUGCUAACCAGAUCGAGGACAUUUUUGGCAGCUCUGCUGUGAACGGGAAGGAGAACGGAGCGGCCGCUCCACAGCCCAACAGAAUGUCUCUCACCCUGGAGGAGAAGCAGCGUCUGGCCAAGGAGCAGGAGCAGGCGGCCAAACUUCGGAGCCAGCAGCCGUUAGCCCCGCAGGCCAUGAAGGCCGGCAACAGUGGCACCGCGACACAGGCCAAAGACCUGACCAGCAGCCUGAUGAGCAACAUGAGCUCGCUCAGCAGCCUGUCGCUGGCCUCCACGUCCCGGCCCGCCCCGCUGCAGGGCCCCACCAUGUCGGCCUUCCCCUCCCCCGCCUCCAUGCCGGCGGCUCCGGUGGCCAAUGGCUUCAACUCCCCCAUGGGCUUCCCGGCAGCGGGCAUGGCUAUGGGCGUGCGUCCGCCGGCGCCCGGCCCGUACGCCGGCAUGGCCACCACCACCAGCACCCCCAACUUCGGAGCGCUCGCCCAGAACCACAUAAACAAGCAGCCCGACAUGUCGGCGCUGGACAAUCUUUUCUCAGCCAACAAGCCCAAGGUCAGCCUCAACCAGAUGGGCCCGCGGCCCGGCACCCCCUGGCUCAGCCAGUUCGCCCCGGCCCACAGCCCUCAGACGAACAUGCAGGGGGCGCCCAUGAGCAUGGCAGUGGGCGGCGCUGGCUUUGGGAUGCAGGCCAACCCCUUUUUUAACCCACAGAACUUCCCCCAACCCGCCGCGGCCCCGACCCAGACGGGCAUCAAACACAGCGCCUCGGUCAACAACGACCUCAAAGACCUUUUUGGCUGAAGCGACACAUUUCACUCGGAGACUGACCGACGAGGCUGGAGAAGCGGAAUGUGACCCCACGCUUUGUAUUCAAUCCUGGGUUUAAUUCAGCUGCGAGUCCAACCUGGCAGCCCCAGUCUUCUACUUGAAUUGUGAACUCUGAUGGAAGGGAAGUGGUGUUUUUCCUGUAUGCUGUCUUCUUCUUGAUGCUGUGGAUUUACUAUUGCCCCGACGCCACAUUCCUGAGAGCUGAGAGUCACGAGCGGCGCCGGUGACUCGUGAGUCAUGUUACACCUGGAGAUCCGUUGUCUUAUUCGGACACUCUCACGCAUCAGUUUCUUUAUUUUUUGCAUGUUCGGUUCAGAGCUGCCGAGGAAGCAUCACGUGUAGCACUGGCCGCCCCCAGUCUGGGAGAGGCGGUCGCCACGUCACCUGACCUUAGCCGCAAGCUCGUCCUUCACAGGGUUGUGACGGACACCGGUCAUUCUUUAAAUGCAGUGAGAGCGAGUCCGACGGUUGGUGAUUCGAGAGAGAGAGAUUGAGAGAUUGACGUGCCUUCAUUCCCAAGCGAGACAACCGAGGUGCUGCUCCUCCUCUAACUGCAGGGCUCAGUGAUGAGUGAGCAGCCCGUGGAUGCUGAGCCCUGUUCCACAGUGAGCUGCUUAUUCUGGUCCGCCACUCACGCUGAGAUUAAGGACCAUGUGGAGUCAGGCAAUAUCUGAAGCCAGAUAUGCAGAAUCGUAAUCUUAAUUUGAGGGAUUUUUAAAAAAAAUAUGACAUGACAUUUCUCAUGAGAAUUAGCUUUAAAAUGAAGGAUCAGAAGGUUGUUGAUCUCAUGCAAACUCAUCGGUGCACAGUGUCAUUUCUAAUGGUCCAGAAUUAAAGAUGAAGUCAUGAAAGCACUGUUUUGAUUUUAACAAAGCUUUUAAUCUAAUUUAAUCUGGAGGAGCUCUGAAGCAUACUUAUUCAGGGACAGCGAAAUUAGUGACUUCACAUUAAUGCAUCUGAUUCAUAACGGGAUUUCGUUCUGGAUGAACCUUGUAAAAGAGCUAUAGAUUCACCUGUGUUCCCGCUGCACAGGUGAGGUGACUCUUCUGUUUUGCAUCUGAGGGCCAAGUCUGGCGGAGCAACUCGGAGCUUUGACGUGAGCAGGCCGUGCUCCCCGCCGAGACCUCGGGUUGGUGAGUGACCGGUCGCGGACACGAUGAGGGUGUGAGGUGCCCCUCUCGGGUGUGAACGAAGCCAGACACGGAGAGUAGGCGCCCUCUUGGCUCUUUUCCCGAGGUGUUUUGGAGACAAUGCGGCCUUAGGUGGACCUAGUGCAAUAAGGGAUCGGACUGGAAAUCCAUCGGGAAAGAAGCUUUGUUGCUUCAUGCCUCCGAGACAUGAGGCAACAGCUUCUCUGUCUUUAUCUGACUGAGAUCGAUGGGCUACAUGAGAAGAUGUGCUCAUGAAGACGCAUCUGCUUUGCUCCGUCCUGGUUUCGCUGAAUUUCUCUGGACAUUUAGUUUUCUUUUAUGUGUGUGACGUCACAUGUCCCACAGCAGAGGAGGUUUUCUUCUACAGAGCCGUUUGUAUUCUACUGUCGUUUGUGUUUUGUGGCCAAUUUCAAGUGUGAAGGUUGUAGUGGCUUCAUCAGAACUAACUGUACAUAUAAAGACAGAUCACUAUCUCAUCGUGUCACUCUGGCGUCUGCUUUUAUAAAAGGGUCCGUCUCUUUCCCCCGGAUGGGGCCGCCUCACCACCCAUGUUUAAAGACAGCCGUGCAGGAAUCAGAACCCAGGCCGACCGGAACUACAUAUGAAACACCAAAAGUGUUUAUUAUUCUGCAUUUCAGGGUCGAAAAUCUGUUGUCUGUUAAUGGAGAACGUCGGGAAAAAGUGUGCAAAUCACAAAUGUACUGAAGAUAAAAUGGGAACAUUUAGAAAAUUCUGAGCACAGAAGGAUGACUUAAUGAUUAAAGUCAAUGAAUGUGAGAGACAAAUCAAAGUAUAUGAUUUAUUUUAAAGACAACACACAGAAGUAUUUAAUGAAGCUGAGCUGAGUGAAACAACAAUAUUUAUCUGACUCGCAAUUUAGGCACAGUCACAGUUUCAUUUCCAACACCGUGUUUUCAGAGUUUUCUACGACC